AUGGAGAUAAAAGUCAAGCUGAAAGGGAUUGGGUCCUUUCAGAGUUUAAAGCUGUUGGUGGCAGAUGUGAAAGACGUGAAAUACGUAAUCAAUUACGACUUCCCGGGAUCUCUUGAGGAUUACGUCCAUCGCAUUGGUCGAACAGGAAGGGCGGGGGCAAAAGGAACUGCCUACACUUUCUUCACAGCUGCAAAUGCCAGAUUCGCAAAAGACCUUAUUGUCGUACUUAAGGAAGCUGGACAAAAGGUCAGUCCUGAAUUGGCAGCGAUGGGACGUGGUGCACCUCCUCUUCCAUCAGGUCAUGGUGGUUUCUGAGACCGAGGUAAGGGCUACGGUGGCGGCCGCCCUUGGAACUGAUCAAGGAAAAGAGACCUCCAUAAAGGGGUCUAAAUUGUGUUUGUUAAUUUGUUUUGACUACCACCUUUUGUUUUUGUGGGUUCAAUUGUUAUUACCUGUAAGACUAGCAGGAAGAACAAGCAUAGAUGUAAACUUGUAAAUUAAUUGUC